AUGCUUCAGAAAAACAAUUCGAUGAACAUCAAUCUGGGCUUAUCCCGAGUCUCCAAGCUACUUAAUUAUCUGGGAAAUCCCCAUGAAAGGCUAACUGUGUUGCAUGUUGCCGGUACCAAUGGUAAAGGAUCGGUGUGCUCAUACCUGUCGUCUAUUCUACAGGACAGCUCAAAUCAAGUAGGUAAGUUCACUACACCGCACCUGAUUGAAGUAACGGACUCGAUAACAAUUAACAGCAAGCCAAUCUCAUGGAGUGUCUAUAGAAAUAUCAGGAAUAAUCUGGAGACCAUUAACAACAGGCACCAAUUGAACUGUACAGAAUUCGAACUGCUUACUUGUACAGCAUUUCAAUACUUCCGCAAUGUUAAUUGUCAGUGGUGUGUCAUCGAGGUUGGACUUGGCGGCCGUUUAGAUGCUACUAAUAUUAUUCCUGGGCAUCGCAAGGUUGCUUGUGGAAUUACCAAGAUAAGUCUUGAUCAUGAGGCGUUUCUUGGCAAUUCUUUGGUCAAGAUCGCGCAAGAGAAGGCCGGCAUCAUUACAAAAGGCGUCAAAUACGCUAUAGUGGACGGAUCGAACGAGCAGACCGUCAUUCAGACCGUUGAAGAUAAAUGCAGAGAAAUGGACUGUCAGCUUACUAUUACGGACCCUGAUUGUGGGACAACUCAUAUUGAUACGAAAUCAUGGGGGCGCUUAGUGUUUGAGAAGAUGCCGUUGAAUGGACAUUAUCAAAUAUGCAAUCUCAGGGUUGCCCUCGCUAUCAUAGAUGGCAUACAGCAGCGCAAAAUGGCCAACAUAUCAAUUGAUGCCAUCAUUAAAAGGCUGCAGAAUGUCGAAUGGCCCGGCAGGCUUCAGAACCUUAACUUUUGUUAUGAUCCCAUACAAAAGUCUACUAUCCCAGUUCUAUUGGAUGGGGCCCAUAAUGGAAGUGCUGCAAUCGAGCUGGCCAAAUUUUUGCGAAAUCAGUUUGGUGACCAGCCACUAACCUUCAUCGUUUCUGUGACCAGCGGCAAGGACCUCCAGCCAUUGUUUGGCUCACUGCUGCGCCCGCACGAUAGAGUAAUAGUAACUGAAUAUGGUCGUGUGGAUGGUAUGCCCUGGAUCAGUCCAAUGGCCGCAUCCGAGCUUUCGCUGCACAUCAAAGAAAACUAUACGCCCAAAGUUGAAGUUCAGAAUGAUGUUGUGUCUUGCAUCAUGAGGGGCCAGCAAAUAAGAGCACCAAUAGUGAUCUGCGGCUCUUUAUACCUAUGUGGUGACGUGCUGCGAUUGCAUCAGGAAAACCUCGGUCAAUGA